AUGGAGGCCGUCUUCGACCCGGAGAGGGCCCUCAACUUGGAGGAGUUCGGGCUGGCGCUGUGUCGGAUCCACGUGGUGGAGCCGGAGGAGCAUCGCGCCAUCUUCGACAACGUCAGAGACGGGGGCGAUCCUUACAGCAAGGCGUCUCUGAACGACUUGCUGGCAGCUUUGGGCAGCGUGGGCCCCUCUUUGCUGCUGGAGGACUUGGCCGACCGCGCUCGGCAGAAGUGGGAGACCACGGAGGGAAUUUGGGCAGGCCUUGGCCCUGGCCGCGGAGACAGCAUCAGCCUGCAGGCCUUCGAGCGCAAGCUCGUGGAGAGGCUCGGGUUCUCCCCGGCGGUGGCGCAGAAGGCCAGCCGAAUCCUCGACGUGGAUGCCGGCGGCGAGCUGUCUCGGUCUGAGUUGCUCUCGGCGCUCGCGCUGUCGCGGCCCACCCUCCACAUGGAGGACUUCCGGCGCAAGGUGCAGCAGAGGUAUCGCAGCAUCGAGGCCGUCUUCCGGGAGUCCUUCGAGCAUUUGGAGCAUGAGGACCUAAACAAUGAUGAUGACAUGCGGCUGUCCUGCGAGGAGUUCGCGGAGAUCUUGGAAGCCCUGGACUUCAGCAGGCGCGAGACCAGCUACUUGUUCUGGCUGGCGGAUGCCAACAACGUCUCCAGGCUCACGCUCUACGAGUUUUUCAGGGGCGUGAAGCUCUUUGUCCCCAGCUGCAUCGUUGAAGGGCUGCGGCUGCAGGCCUUAGCCAAUCAUCGCCGGAUCUCGGAGUUUUUCCAGUGCGGCAUCAGCUGGGACAAGCGGCUCAACUUCAAGGCCUUUGGUCUUCUGCUGGACAGGUUGCAGGUCACCUGCGAGGAGUGA